GGGAGGACCCAAUCAACGUCGAGAGCGUAGGCCCCACCUAUCGAGGUCCGUGCUGCGGCUGUAGUGCGUCCGGACCUGCUGGUUGGCUCCGGUCUAGAGGCGCGGGGGUCCGCAGGCCCUGAGGCCAGGGUCCAACCUGGCUUUCCGGGAUGUCGGUGGCCUUCGUACCGGACUGGCUGAAAGGCAAGGCGGAAGUCAAUCAGGAGACGAUCCAGCGGCUCUUGGAGGAGAAUGACCAGCUCAUCCGCUGUAUCGUGGAGUAUCAGAACAAAGGCCGGGCGAAUGAGUGCGUCCAGUACCAGCAUGUGUUACACAGAAAUCUCAUUUAUUUGGCUACCAUCGCAGAUGCCAACCCAACCAGUGCUUCAAAAGCAAUGGAAUAAUCUUUCAGUUUGUCAUGAGGAGUAAUUGAGUGUAAUCCAUGUCCUAUGAAGUAAAGACAGGAUCUUUACCAACUCAACUGCUUAAAACAUGGAUGAACCCUUGUGGCUCUUUUAAAAAUGUGAAAAUGUGAAGAAAGCUACUAAAUGAACUAUAUUCUCAGUGUAAAUAUUUAUUUUAAUAAUUAAGCAGAUUAAGUUGACUCCAGAUGUUCUCUUUUCUGAAAUGGGCAUGUUUGGAUUACAGAGAUAUCAUGGGCAUCUUCAAUUCUACCUUUUCAGUUUCAACAUGAAGAUGAAACUGAUUAGGUGGUGGGCAAUCAACAGCAAUUGGCGAGCCUCCUAACUGAGGCGCUGCCAAAUGGACGUGUAACUGUGUGCUCCCCCCUACCAGUUGUAGUCGUGGACCUAACCAUUGUUUUCAGGCUGCUUUGAAAUAAAGCUUACCUUUCCACAGAACACUCA